UUGAUGCAGGUUAAGAAAAAUUUGUGUGUGUGAGGGAAAAAGGCCCCUGUGAGAACGCGAUUUAAGAUUGUUUGCUUUGGAUUGUUCCACUCGCAGGGGUCGAAGGAAGUUUCUCUUGUCAAAAUUCGAUACUUUUUGAGUUCUUAUGAGGUUUUGCAUUUGAUUUCGUAUCUGGUCUUUUUUGAUAAAUUUUAUGUUUAUAUUGGGAAGAGAGAAAGAAAAGUUUUUAAAAAAAAAGUAAAGGAAAAGGAAAGAUUUUUCUGGUGAGAAGCAUUAAAGCGGGGCGGGGGGGAGUCUUUUUCCUUGUAGUGGAUUUGUUUUGAGUAAUCAUUCAUCUUAAAAUUGUGAAAGUUUGUGGUGUGUGUUCACUGUUUUGCUUGAACAGAGAUGGUUGGCAGUGUAGAAGGAGCCCACAGGUCUCCUCCUCACUCUAAUGGGUCUGUUCACUACUCCAAUGGUGUGGAGGAGAAGCUCGACGAGCUCCGUCGGCUGCUCGGCAAAUCAGAAGGCAAUCUGCUAAAGGUUGUUGGCAUUGGUGCUGGUGCUUGGGGCAGUGCCUUUGCUGCCCUUCUGCAGGAUGCCUAUGGCCACUUCCGCGAUAAGGUCCAGAUAAGAAUAUGGAGAAGGCCUGGGAGAUCUGUUGACAGGUCUACCGCAGAGCAUCUGUUUGAGGUGAUCAAUUCAAGGGAGGAUGUCUUAAGGCGUUUGAUCCAGCGAUGUGCUUACUUGAAAUAUGUUGAGGCGAGGCUCGGGGAUCGCACACUCUAUGCAGAUGAAAUUUUAAGGGAUGGCUUCUGCUUGAACAUGAUUGACACACCGCUUUGUCCACUGAAGGUUGUGACUAAUUUGCAGGAGGCAGUCUGGGAUGCAGACAUUGUGGUGAAUGGUUUGCCAUCGACAGAGACACGCGAGAUGUUUGAGGAGAUCAGUAGGUAUUGGAAGGAGAGGAUUAGGGUUCCUAUUAUUAUAUCUUUGGCAAAGGGCAUAGAGGCAGAUCUAGAUCCGGUUCCACGUAUAAUAACUCCUACUCAGAUGAUUAGCCAUGCAACUGGGGUUCCAAUCGAGAACAUUCUGUAUCUUGGAGGCCCAAAUAUUGCUUCGGAGAUUUAUAACAAGGAAUAUGCUAACGCUCGAAUAUGUGGAGCUAAUAAGUGGAGGAAACCCCUUGCUAAGUUUUUGAGGCAGCCACAUUUCAUUGUGUGGGACAACAGUGAUCUUGUCACACAUGAGGUCAUGGGAGGACUGAAGAAUGUGUACGCUAUUGGCGCUGGGAUGGUAGCGGCUCUAACCAAUGAGAGUGCGACUAGCAAAUCAGUAUAUUUCGCACACUGCACAUCUGAAAUGAUAUUCAUCACACACCUAUUGGCAGAAGAACCGGAGAAACUUGCUGGUCCAUUGCUUGCGGACACCUACGUAACCUUGUUGAAAGGUCGCAACGCUUGGUAUGGGCAGAUGCUAGCCAAGGGGGAGCUGAGUCUGGACAUGGGUGAUAGUAUCAAAGGAAAAGGGACUAUUCAGGGUGUCUCUGCUGUCGAUGCGUUUUAUGAACUCCUAAGUGAAUCGAGCUUGAAUGUGUUACAUCCUGAAGAAAACAAGCCUGUUGCUCCUGUUGAGCUGUGCCCCAUCCUGAAAACACUUUACAAGAUAUUAAUAAAAAGGGAACUUCCACCAAAGGCAAUUCUUCAGGCAUUAAGAGAUGAGGCCAUGUAUGAUCCUCGCGAACGGAUUGAGAUGGGGCAGAGCCAUGCUCUCUACAGACCGUCACUUCUUGGCCAACCUUGAUCGAGAAUCUUCUCUUAUUCGAGUUACCAUGUGAUUCGAAGGAGAUUUAUGUCAUGCAUGUUAUUAUUUCAAUUUGUAAUGGGCUUGUUAGAGCUGCGGCAUAUAAAGUAUCUAUUGGUAAGCACACUUCACAGUUAGUGAAAUUUUGUGCAUAUUGUUUAGGCCAUUAUUUAUUAAGCCACAUUGAGACAGUCAUGGUAGAACCCAAAGUUUCAGUCAUGUAAGAUGUGUUGAAUAACUUUUGUGAUUCAUUUGAGUUGCAAGCCCAUGAGUGGUACAAGGCUCUGCCCAAAAAUAGGUUAUCAAACUUUACAAUUUGGUGCAACAA